GUUUUCUGUUACUCCAAUCGCCAUCUUGUUGCCAGUGAAGUAAUGUGUUUCUGAUGAAUUUCGGGAGCGCCCUGGAUGUCUUAGGACUGUCUUUGGAAGCCAGUGGAUUAUACUGUGAUUUAACCCACCACAUAUAUCUGUACCGGGGUUUGCAUACAUUUUAACGGGAACGUAUUGUAUCGGUGUUCAAAAUGAGUAUCGAUACUCUAUUGGAAGCGGCCAGGUAUUUGGAGUGGCAAGCCCAGCAACAACAGAUUACACGUGAGGAGGAGGAGCGGCGAGAGAAGGCCUUGCUGUCCCGUGAGGCUGAACAGAAGCUCUCCGCCCCCGUUAUACAGUCUGUCCAAGUUAACCAUGUGACCUGGGCCGACGACAUGCGGCUCGAGCCACACCGCCACCACCAGCACCACCCUCCGGUCCCGCCCCCUCCCCUCCCACCACCUGUUCCCAUAGCUGUCAUUCCUAUCCCGGUGGUCCCUGCCAACCCUGCUGUCCCUCCCAUUCAGACUGCUCCGUCCCUUCACACAGCCUCCCCUAUGCCAGUGGUCACACCCUUGACCACAGCCCUGUCCCCACCAGCAGCACCCCUCUUCAGCCCCAAUGGCCAAGACGCCCACUCCCCUCCGCAGCAGCAGCAGCAACAGCACCGUCACUUGAUCGCACACGUAAAAGCAGAAGCGAACAGCUUGCCUCUGUCGAAUAACAGUCCCAAGCAGCAACCGCAGCAGCAGCAGCCGCAACAGACGCAGACCAUUUUGCAAACGUAUCCAGCCCCUAUCAUCACAGCCCAGCCUUCACCACAGCAACACACCCUCUUGCCCCAGCCAGCACUGCCCCAGCCUCAGCCCACUCCGGCCCAGGGUCAACCGGGACAAGCACCCAGGCCUAACGGAGCCGCUGUGGAAGAGCCACGCGGCCUGGAUGGGAAAAGGAGACCCGGAGGGGCUGGAACGCGAGAAGUUCACAACAAGCUAGAAAAGAACAGGCGAGCACAUCUGAAAGAAUGCUUCGAGACCCUUAAGAGGAACGUUCCUAAUGUGGAUGAAAAGAAGACUUCCAAUUUGAGUGUCCUGAGGAGUGCGCUCCGCUACAUCCAGACUUUGAAGAGGAAAGAAAAGGAGUACGAGCACGAGAUGGAGCGCUUGGCGCGGGAGAAGAUCGCCACUCAGCAAAGACUCGCAGAGCUGAAGAAUGAAUUGAGCCAGUGUUUAGACAUCAUGGAGAUCGACAGGAUACUUCGACAAACUGUCCAGCCGGAAGAUGAUCAGGCCUCCACAUCAACAGCAUCAGAGGGUGAAGACAACUUCGACCAAGACGUAGACGAUGACAUCCUCUCCUCCCCGCCAUCGUCUUCGGCGGCCAAACCGUCUGCACCGGCGCCGUCAGAGCCUCGCGCUGCCAUGCCUCCGCCCGCCAUUCUCCCUACGCAUAUCUCCAUACAACACAAACCCUCCACACCGCCCUCGGCUCCACCCAAUCAACCCCAGCCCACAGUGGUCACCCCUCAAGCCAUCGCCCCCGCGCCCCCUUCCCACGUGGUUUCCCCUCCUCAGCCAACAGUCAUCACCCAUGCCUCCGUAUCCCAUGCCUCCGUCAUCCAAGCUGUCAACCACGUCAUCCCAGCUGGGCCCAAACAUCUGGCGCACAUUGCGCCCUCUAGUGGCGGCCAGCCUAUCGGACACAUCACCGUGCAUCCCGUGGCCCACCUCCCCGCCAUUUACCCACAGUCGGUGGCCGUCUCGCAGUCGGCGAUGGUGGGGCACAUCACGCACACGUUGGCACACCACCCGCACACCCACGCCCAAGUUAACGGCACACCUGUCACAGGCCAGCAGGCCACCGUGGUGGGAAAACCAACGGCCGUGGUCGCUCACCAUCACACCGGGCUAGUGGGCCAAACGGUGCUCAAUCCGGUGACUAUGGUAACUGUUCCUCCUUUUCCUGUCAGCACGCUAAAGCUGGCCUGAGAGAAAAGAGAGUCUGCACAGAAAGACAGAAAGUGAAAACGAGAGACUAAAGGCGAGGAGCUAAUCGCUAAAAGGACGACUCGAUCACGUUCAGAAAAUCACUACUGUCGCUCCAACACGCCGGGACCUUGUCAGGAUCAGAGUGUGUCCUCUUGCUUUUAGAAGGGGCUUGCGUGUCUUUUGCCAUGCAGCGUUGGAAUGAAAUUCAUGUAAUGCACUUGCUUUCAAUUCGAAGACAUUGGUCAGUCUUUAGUAAUGUGAGAGUGCUAAAACAAAUCAGUUCUUUCUUCUCUUUCCCUCUUGUCCUUUUUCUGUAUGCAAAUUAUCUCACGCUUUACAUUCGUUCACCAAAAAAAACUCCACUUUAAUCAAUAUCAAGUGCAGUACUAAAAGCAUGCAGAAAAACGUUUACCGUGUAACUAUAUUUUAGGGGCUUUCGAAACUCUUCAAACGGGGCUUUUGACUAAAAAAAAACAGGUACAUUCAGACUCAGAUCAGGUUUCUCAAAGUGUCUUUGUACUUGCGAGCAAAUGUAAGUGCCUAAGCCCCAAUUCAAGCCCAGUGGCGCCACCUGCUGCCUACGCAAUGAAACAACAACGUUGCUGAAUACGAAGCGCAAGCGCAUUUGACUGCCGUGACCUGACCUAAUCACAGACAUCUGUUGGCUAUCAAAGUCUUAAAGUUCCGAACGGGUUGCAAGAAAACUAAACUAGUAUACGAUUCGACAAUUGAAAAAGACGUGUUUUUGAAAGUACAUUAAAGCAUUUAUAGCUUACGGCAAGUGCUCAGAUAUUUAACUUAAUAAUACAGUAAUACUUGAUUAACGUUUGAAAUGAUUAAAACGUUACUUACGGCGUGUGAUAGUCGGGCAUUCCCGUAUCUUCAAAUCAGCAGUUACCAAUGUUGUUUUUGCUUGUAGCAACACGAUGAAAAAUGAAGUCUUAGAAAAUACGUUAACGUAAACAGAUCUCCUGCGUCACGUCGCGCGCACGUUCAUAGGUGGCGUCUAAAAGGCGCGCGCUUGUCCAGUGUAAAUCGGUGCUGUUGUGUGUCCAUUCAACUUUCAUCGGCGCACAGCCAUUUUUUCAUUACUACGCGUGAUUGUGUAAAUUGUCGUGAAGUAGGCGCUUGUUAAUAAGCAUUUUAGGAGGUUAAAACAUGCUGUUUUCUGUUUCAUUGACAUCAGGACGAAAAGCCCCUUUGCCAAUAGCAGUGCUUCUCUUAAAGUCGGCCUGCCAUUCUCGAUGCACUCGCUUGGUUGAACCUGCACAAAGUUAGCCAUCUGACUGUUUCCCUAUGUAAACUUAAUGGUUUGCUGUCGAUGGUUAGGUACACCACGUUGUUGCUUUAUACUGUCACUUUCAAACGGAACACUGUGAUUCCUGCUCUUAACAUCCUCUUCCUGCUGCAACCCCCCCAAAAAUUAAGGUUUGGAUUUUCUUUGACUUCUUUUUCUUUUUUUGGGGAUGUGAAGAUGAAAUAAUACACUCUGUGCUUCACACUCAGUUAAAAAUACAAACAAAAAAUAGCCUAACCUUUGUGAACCUUUUUUUUUUUUUUUUUAGUGUGUUUUGUUUUUUCUGUUUUAUUUCUUUUCUUUUUUUUUUUAAAUAUAUGUGUAUGGAUGUAUGUAUAUAUGUGAGGUAUAUGCACGCAUUCACAUAUAUGUGUAUGUAUUUUAGGACUAUACUGAUGCCUGGUUUUGCAUGUAGAUUGCAGUUUUUGUUUGUUUGUUUAAAUGUUAAUCCCUCCCCUUAUUUCAUUUUUUUUUUUGGGACCAUGUAUCAUACUGUAUGAUGUGGGCGGGACCGUUAGACCUCAUUCUACAUUGAUAUUAUAUAUGAAUAUAUGAAAAACUGUGCAUUUUCCCUAUGGAGAAAGUUUAAGUUAUAUAUCGCCUGUACAUUUUGGGCUGCAUUAAGAUCGAAUUGUCCACCAUGUUUAACUAAAAUAGUAAUAAAACUUAUUAAAAUAUGCUAGAUUACUACAAAAAACAUAUUGAUGAUUCAUAAUAAAUCUUAUGACAUUUACAAGUCAA